UGGAACCCCAACCCCUCUCGCUCUCAAUCAACAAGCACUAGCGCAAGGAAAACGAGAGAAGGCAGGAGCAGCAGCAGCAGCAUUUCCCCCUUCCGCUUGCUUGUUUGCUCAACGCGUGCUUGAUUUGAGGAGAUUAUCGUGGGAUUUGGAUCGUUGUUUCAUGGAGGAGAUCUGCUGCGAGGUGGCGGCGGGGUCGUCGUCGUCGGACAGGAAGGGGGAGGGCGUGGGCGACGCCGGCAGCCGCGCGGCGCGGCGGCGGAGGAUGGAGAUACGGCGGCUCAGGGUGGUGGCGGAGGAGCAGGCCGCGAAGAGGCGGAGGCUGGAGGGUGACGACGGGGAGGAGGAGGAGGACGCGGUGAGGGACCCGGCGCCGAGGUACGGCGUGACGUCGGUGUGCGGGCGGCGGAGGGACAUGGAGGACGCGGUCACCGCCCGCCCGGGGUUCAUCCACGGCCACCACUUCUUCGGGGUGUUCGACGGCCACGGCUGCUCGCAUGUGGCGACGUCGUGCGGGGUGCGGAUGCACGAGAUCGUGGCCGAGGAGGCGGCCGCCGCUGCGGCGGGCUCGUCGGCGUCGGACGAGGCGGCGCGGUGGAGGGACGUCAUGGAGAAGAGCUACGCGCGGAUGGACGCCGAGGCCGUCGGCUCAAGGGACACUACCGGCCCGGCGCCCACCUGCCGGUGCGAGAUGCAGAUGCCCAAGUGCGACCACGUGGGCUCCACGGCCGUCGUCGCCGUGGUAGGGCCGCGCCACCUCGUCGUCGCCAACUGCGGCGACUCCCGCGCCGUCCUCUGCAGCGGAGGCGCCGCCAUCCCGCUCUCAGCCGACCACAAGCCCGACCGUCCCGACGAGCUCGAACGGAUCCACGCGGCGGGAGGGCGCGUCAUCUUCUGGGACGGCGCCCGCGUCUUCGGCAUGCUGGCCAUGUCGCGAGCCAUUGGCGACAGCUACCUGAAGCCGUUCGUGAUCUCCGACCCGGAGGUGAGGGUGGUGGAGAGGAAGGACGGCGAGGACGAGUUCCUGAUCCUGGCCAGCGACGGCCUGUGGGACGUGGUGAGCAACGAGGUGGCGUGCAAGGUCGUGCGCGCCUGCCUCCGGAACGGCGCGGUGCGCCGCGGGGAGCGGUCGAGCCCGACCUCCAACCUGAGCCCCAGGCAGAGCAGCGGCAGCAGCAGCGGCGACGAGGAGGCCGGGCCCAGCGACGGCGCGGCGUCCGACAGCGACGGUGAGGGCGGCGAGGACAAGGCGUGCGCCGAGGCGGCCAUCCUGCUGACCAAGCUGGCGCUGGCGCGGCAGACCGCGGACAACGUCAGCGUCGUCGUCGUCAAUCUCAGGCGCCGCCGGAGGUCGUGACCGGGCGGAUCCACCGUACUAGCCGUUCUUGGCUAAAUUCUCGGCCGUCCCCAAUUCACAUUCGCCUCGACAAAGCAACCAUCGAACGGAAUGUCAAAGCAAAUAUCGAACAUGGACUCUUUGAUCCUUAGCAGAAUUGCAGAUUACGGUAGGAUUACUUAUUUCUUUAGAAUUUUUUCUUUAGAUCCUAAACCCAAGAAAAGAGAAGCUCAUGCCUUUUUCCGAUGUUUGAAGAAAGAAACUUUAUCAAGCGUCUGAGAAGUCAACUGUAAUAUAAUCCAGUGCUCCUUUCACUAAACCGAAUCCUUCCCACCUUCUCUGACUA